CUCCUUCGCUCUCGGGUUCGGAUGGAAAGGUGGAGACUCUGGGGAAAUCCAUUAUGACGAAUACUACAGCAUCCUUUCCCGUGAGAAACUCACGAUGUAGUUGGAAAGACGAUAUGAAAUCAAACAAUUUCAAUAAUUUUUUAAAGUACCAUCAAUAAUAGAGGAAUGCAAAGUUCAGAAAAAUUUGACUCGCUCUGAAAGAAGAUCAAGGAAGAUUACCCGCAGAGGCAAUUAUUGAGCUAAAUUUUGAAAGAUGAUCCGGAAUUAUUCGGAGGACAAAAAGCGUUCGUGGGUUGAAGAACAUUCCACACAGAAGAACAUCAUGAACAAAGACGUGGAGGUAUCAAACAACAUAUGUGAAUGACCAGUGGAAAUCAGAGAGAAGCCAUCGGGUGUGGCUUCCAAAAAAACUCUUUAAAGGUGGUGGCUCAGCUGAGGCUUAAAGGAUGGCCUCAGAUCUGGAACAAUUAUGCUCUCAUAUUAAUGAAAAGAUUGCCAACAUUAAAAGAACUCUGUCACUAAGGAAUUGUGGUCAGGAACCUACCUUGAAGACUACAUUAGAUAAAAUAGGAGAUGAAAUCAUUGUAGUAAAUGAACUUCUAAAUAAGUUGGAAUUGGAGAUUCAAUAUCAAGAACAAACCAACCAUUCACUCAAGGAACUCUGUGAAUCUCUUGAAGAGGAUUAUAAAGAUGUGGAGCAUCUCAAAGAAAACAUUCCUCCCCAUUUGCCUCAAGUAACAGUAAGCCAGAACUUUGCUAAUGUGUCAGAUCUUGACCCUGAAGAACCAGUCAAAGUUGAGGAAACUGUACCCGCAAAGAAGCCCCCAAAAGAACAAAGAAGUAUUAAAGAAAUGCCGUUUAUAACUUCUGAUGAAUUUAAUGGCAUUCCAGCGUACAUGAAAUCUCGCUUAACCUAUUGUCAAAUUAAUGAUGUUAUUAAAGAAAUCAACAAGGCGGUGGCCAGUAAAUAUAAAAUCCUACAUCAACCAAAAAAGUCAAUGAGUUCCGUGGCCAGAAAUCUCUAUCACAGAUUUAUUGAUGAAGAAACAAAGGAUACCAAAGGUCAUUAUUUCAUAGUGGAAGCUGACAUAAAGGAGUUCACAGCUUUGAAAGCUGACAAGCGGUUUCACGUGAUCCUGAAUAUCUUACGACACUGCCGGAGGCUCUCAGAGGUCCGAGGGGGGGGCCUUACCCGAUACGUUAUAACCUGAAGCACGUGGGUUUUUUUGAACUGGCUAACAAUAGGGUGUAGAGGCCACUCACAUAGUUUCCUUAUAUGUAAUUUCUUUAUAUAUAAGAUUUCUUUGGCUUCUUCAUUUUCUUUUCUAGCUUCCUAUAAAAACGAAACAUUUUAGUAAGUAAAGCAUAUAUAUUUUAAAAUUCACUUUCUUUCAGCACAUAUUUAACCCCCUACCACAUGAGCCUCUGGGCUAGGCAUAUAAUGGAACUAAAAAAUAUUCAUGGUUAGUUUUUGUGUUUAGUGACAGUGCUGUAGACCUCAGUAAGACAGAUACACAUGUGAUAAUGGAAGGAAAAGUUCAAGAAGAUAAGGUCAAGGGUACCCAGGCUUUUUUUUUUUUAAGUAGGCUCCACACCCAGCAUGGAGCUCAGCACGAGGCUUGAACUCACGACCCUGAGAGCAAGACCUGAGCUGAGAUGAAGAGUCAGACACUUACCCGAAUAAGCCACCCAGGUGCCCCAAUGAGACUCAGGCUCUGUAGAAUUAAAGGUCGUUAAUGUCAAAAUUCUAUCAAUGGCAUUUCAGUCUACAGGCAAAAGUUGGAUUUGUAGGCAGCCCUUCCAUGUAAUGAUUCUGCUUUCCCAUAUGUUGUUAGGGAACAGCUUACCUGAAAUGCAUUUGGUAUAAACCAAUCUAUAAACAUCAACCUGUAAUGAAAUUGUAAUAAAAAUAUACUGAGAUGAAAAAGAUAAUAACAUGUAAGCAGUUUGAUAGUUGUCAUGGAAAAUGGGUGGUUGGAUUGCAAGAAUUUAGGAUGUUUCUCUUGCGUGCUUAAGGAGACUGUCUGGCUAGGUGUGUUUUAGUCAGUGUUCUCCAGAGAUAUAGAACGAAGAGGAGAUAGAGAGAGAGAUUAUGACAAAUUGGUUAAGAAGUCCCCCGAUCUGCUGUCUGCAAGCUGGAGACCCAGGAAAGCCGUGUGUAAUUCAGUCCUGAGUCUGAGGGCCUGUGAAGCAGAGAAGAUGCGAUGUUGUUACUCAAGCAGUGAGGCAGGAAAAAAAGAAGUGAAUUCCUCCUUCCUUCACCUUUUGUUGUAUUCAGGUCGUCCAUGGAUUGGAUGAUGCCCACACACACUGGGGAGGGCAGUCUGCUGAGUCCACUGAUUGAAAUGCUAAUCCCUUCACCCUCACAGACACAUCCAGAAAUAAGGUUUAAUGUGGGCACCCUGUGGCCAGUCCAGGUGACACAUAAAGUUACCUAUCACAGUCUCUCUGCCAUUUGCUGGGCAGGUUGAUCCUUGGAGCCGAGGGAAAAAUCAUCUCCUAGGCCUGGUGGCCUGGUUAAUACUGUCACCAUGAGGACCACAGAACAUAUUUUGGGCACUACGUAUUAUCCCUUCUUCCUCCCUAAUUUAAAUUCAGAUGUGUUUAAUUUUUCAUGUCUUGCUUUAAAUAAGAAUAAUGGCAUUGUCCUUUA